AUGUCGCUACCAGCAGAUGAUCUCGCAAAACUGCUUGCUGCACCAGCCCUCAGUCCGCCCGAUGGCGUGGUGCCUGACUUUGACAACCCGCCGAACAGGAACGGCCUCGCCUGGUUCGUGACGACCUUCUGUAUGAUAAUAGCGACCGUAUGUCUUUUCAUCCGUGCUUAUGCUCGGAUUGUACUGCUCAAGAAACCGGGUAUUGAAGAAGUAUUGAUGUACUGUGCCUAUGGAGCUUAUUGGGGGACAGCAUAUGCGGGUUACGGGAUGAUUUUCACGCCCGGCUACUACGUCCACACUUGGGACCUGACCAACGGCGAUCUGGUCCGACCUCUCUACCUUAUCCUCGUAUACGGCUGCAGUUACUCGACGGUAAUGCCCUGCAUCAAGGCGGCGAUCCUGAUCGACUGGUGCCGGAUAUUCGUCCCGGACCGGACCAGGAGCUUCUUCUGGUGGAGCUGCAUGGCGGUCAUCGCGCUGCAGGUGUGCUGGGGCAUCGCCUGCAUCGCGCUCCUGAACAUGCAGUGCGUGCCGCACGCCGCCAUCUACGAGUUCUACCUGCCGGCGAAGUGCUACUCGCUGCCCAAGGUCAUGCUCACGUCGGCGAGCGUCCAGGUGGUGACGGACUUCGCCAUGGUCUUCCUGCCACAGCGCAUUAUAUGGGGUCUGCACAUGAACUGGCAGAGAAAGAUCGGAAUGUCGAUCAUUUUCGGAGCUGGUAUACUCGCCUGUAUCGGAGCAAGCGUGCGGCUCUCAACCACGGUCACCUUUGCCAAGGAGAGUGACACCAUGUACUUCAUCGGCCCGCUGCUGUUCUGGGCGUGUGCCGAGAUGACAUGUGGAUUCUUCAUUCUCUGCGUGCCCUGUAUUCCUAAGGUGUUUCGCGAGUCCGGCAUCUCACAGAGCGUCAGGAGUGCCCUUGGCCUGAGCAACAAAUCCGUCACCAAUCCCUCGACGACCGAAGGCACGUAUGGUGGUUCCCGGGCGUCGCGACAAAAGUCUAAACCUAGAAUGAUUUCGGAUACGUACUACAAGAUGGACGAGGAUGAAAUUCCUCUUGGCAAUAUGAGCAAUUCGGGAUCUCAGGAUGAUGUGCACGGGAAGAGUAACUCGACGCAGGUUACUCGUACGAUAGAUAUUACCGUGUUUUCGGCAGCGCGUGCUGAUACGAAAAAUAAGUGA